AUGGAUACUGAUACUGAAUGGAUUAUUGUGGCCCUUGUUAUAGGCUGUUCAGGGCAUUGUGGGAAUAUACUGAAUGUUGACACAACUGGAGCUUUGGGGGCAGCUGUGGAACCAGACAGUCUGAGCUGUAAGUCCCUGCCCCAGAGAAGACAGCAGAAGAACAUGUUGAAAUACCAGGCCAAGAUGGCAAAAGCUGGCAAUGGUGCGGGUCUGGCUCCAGCUGUGAUUGAUUGCUGCUAUUAUCUUUCAAGGGCUGGGACAGAACUGAAGGAGGGCCUGGGUGACCAUGAGAAUGCAUUUGGCUUAAUGCAGGCUGGCAAACAGUACCGUAAGAUUGACGAGCCGUGGGACACUGAAGAGAACUUAGGAUAAAACACUGAGAUUUUAUACAUUAUGAUAACCAGAAAAAAAUCUCCAUCUUGGACAAAGGAACGGCACCUCAGAGGUGGGAUCUCAGCCUAUAAUGCAGAAGUUAACACUCUCCAUACUUAUGACAAAAUGGAUACUGGCAAAACACACAACUAUGCCAAUAAUGUGGAUGCGAGAGCCAGGUUUUAUAAGAAAAAUGGGUAUUGA